AGCUUGGCAACAUUCUUAGUCAUACUAUGAUUUAUAUGAUGGAAUUUCCACCAAUGAUAAACAUUAGUUUAAUCUUUAUUUCAUUUUCAUUCUGUUUAUUUUGUUUUGAAGGAGAGUCUGAUGCCCCGUCUUGGUGAAUUAUCAGCUGAAAAGGGUGCUGAUACUGAUCAGCGAGUGUUGGAGGCAUACCAGAUGCAGUGCGUGGCUGAAGCUCAGGAAGUUACUGUGGCUCGAGCAGUAGAGCUCAAACAUAAAGCAUCACUGAUCUCUGGACUCACCUAUGAGACAUCAAAACUCUUUAAUGCUGCAAGUGAUUCUUUGAAGUCAGUGGAGCCAGCAAAAGCUGGGAAAUGGAAAAAAUACUUGGACUUGAAGGCUGCAUUUUAUCAGUCCUAUGCAUAUUGUUUUUGUGGAGAAACUCUUCUUGAUGAGGAUCAAUGUGGAAAAGCAAUCCGAGCAUUACAAGAAAGCGAUAAAUUGUAUAAGAAGGCAGAAGCUAUUUCCCGGGAGUACUCCAGUACUAGAGGGCCUGGCACGACUGCCCGACCAUGGCAGCACCCUUUCUUUCUAAAACUUGGACCUAUAAUUAAAAAAAAGUUGGAGAAAGCUAACCAUGAGAACGGAUUCAUUUACUUCCAUAAGAUCCCUGCGGAACCCCCUGAGCUCGAACUUAAGGCUACCCAUGGCCUAGCAAGUCCACAGGAAUUUUCAAUGCCGGCUCCUCACGCCAUGUGGUCAGCGGAUACUUACGCUGGAUUUGAUGCUUCAAAGGCUAACCCGCCUAAGGCACCCCAGGCUGGUCCGUCAGGGGAUGUGAAACCUGUGUCCGAGCCUGAAGAUACCAGCCCUGUUAAACCGGCUAACAAUUCAUCUGGAUGUGUUGUUUCGUAGACGUGGAGUUCUCGUGUUGUUAUAGCGAUACACAAACUUGAUCUUGUUUCUCCAGUCAGUUAGAUUGUUUUAUGCAGUUACAUACAUAGUUUUGGCAGGCAGGGAGGAAGAAGUUUUUUUUUCCUUCAGUCAUUUCAUUCCUUAGUUUUCUGUAGAGAAAAUCACGAAUCUUAAACCAUUUGAUUUCAAGCGCGGCCAAGCACUGGCGAGAUAGCAGCUGUAUGUAUUAAUUAGUAAUCAGUACACAGUUAAACAAAUGUAAUUUGGAUCAUUUGAAGUAAUUUGGCCAUACAUAAUUUUAUUCCUCUGUCCAUUUAACGUCGCACUGUUUUACCAUCCGCUCUCCGACUACUCAAAAGUGUCAAGUUCGGAUCUUUUUUUUUUUUUUUUUUUUUUUA